GAAGUGGAAAAGGUGGAAAAUGAAGAGAAGGUGGUUGUAUAAAGUGGGGAUGUGGUUGUGGAGAUUGAUUUUGACAUGACAAUGUGGGGAAUAAUGGAACUAUCUUGAAAGACUUUGCGGUCGACAUCGGCGAUCGGCCGAGUCGGCGGCUCAUUACAGUUUUGGCUAUGGCUUGUAUAGGGUCGACUCGGUUCUGUGCUCGUGCGGAGAAACUGUGCCAAUUCGGACAUUUUGCCCAGUUUCGAAGGAAAGUUUCUACUGCUUGUGUUAAGUUUCGACAGGAUGUCGAGCGACCUGCCAAUACUCUUCUUCAGCACUGCCAGAAAGAAACAUGCUCGCGAAAUCACAGGUUUGGUGUUGCACGAGCAAUGAGUUCAAUGCAAACACAACAACCAGGAUCAUUACCAGAUUAUCAAGUCGAUCCUUAUCAGCUCCUCGAUGACGAUCUCAAGCUACUUUACCACGAUAUACGACAGAUACUUGCAGAAAACACGACAUUGGAGGAGCUGAGGACCAUAGCGACGUACUACUUUAGCGGUCAGGGAAAAGCUUUGCGGCCGAUGGUUUCAAUCCUCAUGGCACGGGCUAUCAAUUACCACAAGGAAAGAAAUGAUCUCUUGCCGUCACAGCGACAGGUGGCAAUGAUAGCUGAAAUGAUUCACAGCGCAUCCCUAAUUCAUGACGAUGUGAUCGAUCAAUCAGAUUUUCGCCGCGGAAAGCCAUCAGUUAACGCACUUUGGAGUCAAAAAAAGGUGACAAUGGCUGGUGAUUAUAUUGUUGGUGUGUCGGGAAUGAUGAUAGCGCGAUGUCGAAAUGAUAGAGUCACCCUCAGUCUCAGUCAGGUAUUGACCGACUUAGUGCAGGGUGAAUUUAUGCAACUAGGUUCAAAAGAAACGGAAAAUGAACGAUUUGCACACUACCUCACGAAGACGUAUCGAAAGACAGCAAGUUUAAUUGCAAAUUCAUUGAAAUCGGUUGCGAUCCUAUCUGAUUCAGACGAUCAACUCAUUGAAUUAGCAUUUCAAUACGGUAGAAAUAUUGGAUUGGCCUUUCAAUUAGUGGAUGAUCUUUUAGAUUUUGUUUCAUCGUCGGAUGCAAUGGGAAAACCAACAGCGGCAGAUCUUAAACUUGGAUUGGCUACUGCACCAGUUUUGUUUGCUUGUGAAAGAUAUCCAGAGCUGAAUUCCAUGAUAAUGCGCCGAUUUCAAGAACCGGGCGACGUUGAAAAAGCUUUUGAAUUGGUUCACAAAUCUCAGGGUCUCGAACAAACCAGAUUUUUAGCAAAAAAACACUGCGUUGAAGCUGCACGUUUUGCAAACACGUUAGCCGAGAGCCCUUACCAGAAAGGUUUACUUGUUGUCAGUGACUUAGUACUUAAUCGUAUGAAGUAGCACUAAAGUCACGAGAUUUUUUUUUUUUUUUUAUUAAUUGCAACUUCGUUGGAUUGAAUUUUGAUCGUUCUAAAUUCACAGUAACGAUAGUGAGCAAAAAAUUAACAUUUAUAAUUUGAAGAGAAAAAAACUCGAAAAAAUAUUGAGUUAAAACAUUUGUUUAAAAAAAAGAAGAAAAAAAGUGGAACUUUUUUUUUCUUUUUUUUUUUGCCACGUAACAUAUAAAGAGAACUGAAAGUGUGCAGGAGAAUACGAAACGCUUUUCAAAGAGCAUACGAAAUAUUAUAUGUGUGAAUGAAUCAAAUAGAAAAGAAUGAUAUGAAUGUUGUUGUGAAUGAGAUUACGGCUCGUAAUUUUAAACUCAGUUAGGUGCAACGAGUUUGAUUGUAUUUACUUUUUUUUUAAUAUUAAUUAUUUCAAACGCGUUUUUUAAUUGUUUGUAAAAUUCAAAACAUUUUUCAAUAAUCGUUUUGUAACUAAAUCUUUUUUUUCAUUUUCACAAUCCAUCUCGAAGGAUUCUUCUUUUCUCUAAUUGAAAAAAUACUUGAGAUUGUUCUUUUGUGAAAAUUAACUCAAUUCGAAAAAAUCGAAAUAAAUAUUUUAAUAAUAACUAAUAGAAUAUAAUAGUAAAAUGAAAAACUAUAAAAAAAAUAUCAUUAUGUUAUCUAUUUUAAACGCGUCUCAUUUAAAAAAAAAAAAAAACCGGUUUUCUUGCCGCUCGAAACUGUCGUCGAACUGCAAUAGUACCAUUAAAUUGUGUAAUUUUAUUUUUUUAAAUUUAGUAAUGAAAACUUUCAAUUGUGAAUGAAUGAGAGGGUGUGGAAUAAUUUUUUUUUUUUCUGAAUAAUGAAAGUUUAUAGAAUUUUUACGACGAUUAUAUAAAGGCCUUGAACAUUUAGUUUUUUUGCACCCGAUAAUCUGUUUUCUUCCAAGAAGAACAUUAUAAUAAAAUACACAAGUUGCGUAGUUUUUCUACGUGAGGAAGAGACUCAGAAAGGGGGAAAAAAAAACCCACCCGAUAAUUUUCAUCAUCUUUUCUUUUAAAGAAAAGCAUUUUUGAGUUUUAUAUAUAAAAAAAAAAAAACACUCGAUAUAUUAUACAUAUUACCUGAGUUUUGUUCAUAACAUCGAUAGUUAAUCUCAAUUGUAAAUAAAUUAACUUAUAGAUUUAAUAAUAAUAAUAAUUGAUUUUUUAAAAAAGGCGUUCGUUUUCUGAACAAAUUUGAAAAUAAAAAAAAAAAAAUAUACGUGUUUGCAAAUUUGAUAUAUUCAAUUGUAAAUUAAUAAAAAUUUCGUCCAAUUUUUUUUAUUUUUUUACAUAUUUAAAAUUUUUUUCUUUAUAAUGAUUUAAGAAGACAUUUGUUAUGUAUUAAUCUAACUUUAUGGAAAACGAGUGCUAAUUAUUUAAAAUAAUAAAUGUAGUAAGUUAAUUGCGUUCACGCUCUAGGAGUCUGUCAUCGGUAGAAAUUGUUAUAUUAUGUUAAAAUAAAGAUUAAAAAAAAUGUCUUCCUGUAAUAAACAAAAAUUGUAAAAGCGAACACGAUUUAAGCCCUAAAAAAUUAAUAAGAAAAAUAAAUUGAUUUGUGUAAAUUAAAAAUUAAUAAAUAUAAAACAAUAUUUUUGAUCUGGGCAAA